AUGGCUGAUUACGUCACUGGUGCACAGCAAAGAUAUAACCGAAGCCACAAAAACACAAGAGUGAUCAAUGAGCAAGACAUCAGGAGGCGAUGGUGUAGUGGUGAAUGUUUCAUAGCAUUUAUUGUAAAAGUGCUGGUGCUAAAGAUGGAUUCACAACUCCUGGGCUCCUUGGAUAGCAGGUACAGAGCUUUAUCUCCAUGGGACAGUUUGGAGAAAGGCAAGAGGACAAGGGCAGCGCUGUUUGGCCUUGAAAAGAAGCUAAAUGAUUCAUUUGACUUCAGCAAAACAUUUCCCCGGACAGCAAAGCCUGCGCUCCGGAAGGUAGCUCCAGGCACCUACUGGAACCUUGAAUCUUUUACAGGUGAAUCUCUGAACUCCUACAGUUACUCCUCUGCGGCCUCUCGAAAUCUUCUCUUGACCGAUCUCAGUGGUUCCCUCUCUUGCCCUGGGUCAGCCUCUAAUAUUUCGAGCAACAUUUGGAAUCUUCUAGGGGGUGAUGGCAAUUCCACUCUCCCUGCUGCAGUGCGCAACCCUAACAAAGCCAUCCUUACAAUAGAUGGCCUAACUACAGAGAUAUUAGUGGCCAAUGACAUGGCUUGUAAGCUGCUUUGUUACAGUAGCAAAGAGCUAAUUGGUCAGAAGUUGUCUUUACUUGUAUCAAAGUCCAGCCAUGUGCUGGAAGAGGUGCUGUAUGAAGAACAUCCGGAAGCUGAUGGACAAGUUGUGACCAUCUCUGGAAAAGUGAUUGACAUUAUUAGCAAUGGCGGCAUGGAGAUUCCAGUGUCAGUCUGGAUGAAGCGCAUGACUGGUGAAGACAGACAGUGCUGUGUUGUGGUGAUGGAACCUGUAGAGCGACUUACUGCCUCUGUCACAUUCACAGGCAGCGGGAGAAUAGUAUCUUGUGAUGCAUCAUUUGCCUAUCUCCAUGGAUACACAGCUGCAGAUGAAGUCACAGGCUUUUCAAUAACUGAUGUUAUUCCUUCAAUAAAAAUACCCUCCCCUCACAUGAAGAUACCAAAGAACUUGAAGAUUCAGCGUGCAGCUGGCAGGGCAAAGGACGGCACUACUUUUCCUCUCAGCAUUAAACUCAGCAUUAAAGUCCUGGAGGAUCAAAGCACUGAGAGUCACAAUCAGUUUCAGCCACCAGACCUUGCUUCUCUAGCUGAAUCUGAGGAACAUGAUGCGAAUCAGGCAAUCACUGGCACAGAGGUGGUUUUCUCAGGAGUUGUGUGGGUUUUCACCACCAUCAGUGGUCUAAUCACUCUCCUGCCAGAUGGAGCAAUCCACAGCUUGAAUAAUAACUUUGCUCUGAUGUUGUUUGGAUAUGAGAACAGAGAAUUACUGGACAAGAAUAUUACAUUUCUAAUUCCUGGUUUCUAUGACUACAUGGAUCCAACUGAUGAUGGUUUUCUUCCAUUACCACUCCUGGACGAUAGUGCUGAUGAGGUAGAGGUGUGUCGUAAUAGUGAGGCGAGUGAAGGAGGAUGCCAUAGUUACUCAAUGCUAUCUGACAAUGUGGAGGAUGACCAACAUGGUGCAGCUAACAUUAACCCACUUGGCAAUGACAUCGAGGCACCUAACAUACUCUCUAUAGUACCUGCUACGAUGAGAAAAGAUCCAAGUCCAUUGCUUGCUGGGAAUACAGCUCUUAUACAGCAGGAAAAAACAAGAUGUGCCAAUGGUCUGGGCGUCUCAAUUUUUACGGGAACCAGCUCAAGGAUACUUGCUGACAGUAGCCUUCCUUCCACUAUGUCAUCUCCCAAAGUCACCUCUACUCCUUUCAGCAGGCCUGGGAGUGAUAACACAAAUGAACUCAUUGCCCAGGUUGAGCAGCAUUACCCUCUGCGCCAGAGCAGUAGAUCUUUGCUGCUUUUGGAAAGUACUGGCACACAGGAUCUUCUCAUGGUGCCAUCCACGAUGUCUCCUCAGACAAAACAAAUGGAGAGCCAUCCAUCUCAGUUUAACGAGGUUGGUCCUAAGGAAAGCCAAGAGCGAUUAAUUCCAAAGGAUUCUAUGGAGACAUUGUGCUGUAAUGGUGUAAGUGGGUACUGUCCAAUUUCAGUGGCAUCAGCAGUUGUCUAUGAUGGAGUGGGUACAUUACCAGGUUCACCAAUUCUAAGUCCGCUCUUGUCAACAUUUGGUACCCCAACCUGUCUGCCAGGAGAUAAGAUGAGCAGUUUGAAUGGGGAUGGCAACUUUAUUAGACAGCAUUGUAGCAAUGUUUGUGGUUCCCCAGGGACUCCAACCCUGGAUGAAGUGUGGCCUGGAAAUAGAAUUUGUACCCACAACACCCACCUGGAAACUUCAGAAAUUAAAUAUGAUGGUGAUAAAGUUGUGUCUCUUAAGUGUCUCAGUGGUAAAUGCAAUGCUGUAGGUACAGCCAAUAAAGGGAAUUUGUGGCACACUCAUGCACUCACUCUGCUACCUGAUGACCGCAAAGAACAAAUGAGUGCCUGCAAUGGAAAGCAAACAAGAGAUUCUCUGGAUGGGCUAAAUACUCAAGUGAAACUAUCUGAGAGACAAUGUACUCAGAGUGGCACAGAGGCUGAAAAUGCAGCUGAGGCAGAUGUAAACCAGAUGCUGAUCAGUUUCAAAGAGCUGGAGCUCAGCAGUGACUCUGAGCUGGUUUCUGUAGACCGGUCAGGUACUUCUUGUGCUACCUCAGAACUUCUCAGAACUCCAUCUCCCUAUGUGAUAGAUUCAGAUCUUGAAUCAGAACCUGAGAAGAGCAGGAUGGAUUCCCCUGCAGCUGGUUUGGAAGAACCAAUGAGUACGGGUACCUCCUGUUGCAGUGACCAAAGUGGUGGAAAGUUAACCAGCCGAUGCAUGGCCGCAUCAGAACAGUUCCCUCUUCGUUCCGUGGUGGCUGGUGAUUUGCCUGAAGGAUCAAUUUACAGCCAGGGUGAUAACCAUGAUGGUGAGGCGCUGAAUUCCAAAAACCUCCCACUGUGGCAUAGUCCUUGUCCGGAAAUGUCCGAAAUUAAGGAUGUGUUAGAGGCACAUGUGACAUCAACACCAAUAGCCCAGAAGCACUUGAAAAGUCAAGUUUCUUCAAGGCCCACCUGUGAAAUUAAUGAAGGGAACUACACUGGAAACUGCUAUCACAGGGAUGGUUCCAGGCUCUGUAUUGUGUUUCAGGUCAAAUGUCUGGAUUUACGAGAUGGAGGAAAGUUGUAUUGUGUGUGGGUGGUGCGUGAUCAUAUUCAGAGUCGGAGAGAGGCUGCAUUGAAGACUCUUUUAAUGUCCAAUCUGAACAGCACCUCUGUGUCUGCAGACCACUCUAUCAGCCUGGGAGAGGCAAUAAUGGAGACUGCCAGAUCGAAUGGCUUGAAGAGUUCAGAGGAUCUGGAAGCAGUGAAAGCUUGUGAAGGAGAAUACUCUGAGUAUUAUAGCACACUUAGCCCACUGGGGAAAGGAGCUUUCGGUUUUGUGUGGACAGCCAGUCAAAAACUCAGCAAGAAAGAGGUUGUGGUGAAAUUUAUUAGGAAGGACAAGAUUGUGGAGGACUGCUGGGUGGAUGAUGUGGACCUAGGCAGAGUAAGUCAAGAGAUUGCAAUCCUUGCGAGACUCAAUCAUCCCAACAUAAUUAAGGUACUUGAUGUGUUUGAGAACCUGGAUUUCUUUCAGCUUGUGAUGGAGAAACAUGGAGUUGGUUUGGACCUCUUUGAGUUCAUUGAUCAACAGCCAGACCUAGAUGAACCAUUAGCAAGUUUCAUAUUCAGACAGAUUGUGGCUGCAGUGGACUACCUGCACAGUAAAUGCAUUCUACACCGGGAUAUCAAGGAUGAGAAUGUAAUUAUUGAUGAGGAUUUCACUAUUAAACUUAUUGACUUUGGCUCUGCUGUGAACUUGGAGCCUGGGAAGGUUUUCCACACAUUUUAUGGAACGAUUGAGUACUGCUCCCCAGAGGUGCUUAUGGGAAACCCGUACUCUGGGCCUGAAUUAGAGAUUUGGUCCCUGGGAGUGACUUUGUAUACCUUAGUCUUUGCAGAGAAUCCGUUCAGUGAUGUGGAGGAAACAGUGGCAGCUAAACUAAAACCGCCUUUUCAAGUGUCUGAUGAAUUUAUAGAUCUGGUGUCCCAGAUGCUGCAGCCUGAUCCUCUCCAGCGCCUGAGUCUAGAGGAACUAUUGAAGAACCCGUGGGUGACACAACCAGUCAACCUGGCACUUUACACCUGGGAGGAGGUGUACUGCAGCAAAGGAAGACUGUCUAGAAGCUGCUCUGCUAUGGCUGGAGAGAACAGCAGGGAAUUCAUUCCCUUGAAGUUUGCAGGCAGUGGGAAUGAAGUGUGUACUAAUGAGGAUCACUGUGCUGAUCACCUCCAGGAUGAACAUGGAUACUGUGAGCCACAUGGGAAUGAUGAAGAGAAUAUGGAUCAUGAAACACUGCCAUUGUCUGCAGAGCUCCAAUCUGACCUCCUGGAAUACCUGCUUAGCCAGGACUGAGAGGGACAUUCUUGUACUGAAAACCAGGUGCAGGGUACUUGCAGUCUCCUUAUUUUAAGUUCCUUUUUCUUAAUUCAUUUUAUUUUCAUCCUGUAAGGUGCAUAUAGUAGUGUGGGGAUCAGUGGGGCCUGCCGCAGUCCUGCGAGUCCAGUAACAUGCUGUGGGAUUAGUGAGGUCUUGCUGUGCUUCAGAGAGGCUAUAGUAACAUGUUGUUGGGAUCUGCUGCACUUCCAUGAACAUAGUACCAUGCUGUGGCAAUCACUGAACUUCUCUCCUUGAUCUACUUUUAAUCUGAAGGCAGCAAAUUCUUGCUUGGGUAUGACUUCUGAGGCAGCUGCAGUCCACACUUAGCCCGAGCUAUCCUUUAUCGGUGAGCCUAGACUAGAAGUGUCAGCAAGUAAAUUAGCCUCUAGGCAGAGUCAAAUGUAACUCCCUUACUUGCACUUUGAGCAACAAUUGAACACCUCUUGCCCUGGGAUACUGAGCCAUAUGUUCACCACAUCUCCCCAGUUGGAACUUCUUAAUUCUGUAUAGGCCAGGCAAUGAAAAUCCAGGGGCCUUCAGAUUAGUGAUGCUGUUGAUUUCAGGACCCCUGGUUUAAUCCAUGAAGAUUUUCCUUCCAAUUUACUGUUUAAUUAGGGAGCUCAUGUUUAACUGGUUACAGUAGAUUAGUUGUCUCUGACAUGGAGACUAACAUGCAUUACAAGUAGAAAUGGAAACCUGAUCUCCCUGAAAGUGCCUUAGUGCAGAAAUAAAUGUAAAUAUGAAG